UUGAAUUCACGCAGACCUCUCGGGGCCAGCUGCCUCGGAUAGAGCCUCACGUCUGUCUCCUCAUUGAGGAGAGUUAGCCCCCGCCCCUUCCACCUGGUUCUGAGCCCCAAGUUAAAGGUACUGCAUUAGGAGCCGCAGUUUUCAUUCUUCCUCCUUCCUACCUGAAGAGAGACCGAAGAUUUUCAGAUAAACACUACAGGUGAAGACUGGUAAAAAGAAACAUUGAUUUCUGAAGUGCCUGGAAAGGAAAAGCACUGGUCAGUAUCACGUGGACAAGCUCAGUGUUUUCCAAAGAUGCUGUUGAAGUAGUCUUUGCUACUGCUUUUCUUCACUCAAAGCUCUUCAUAACAUGGGCUGCAUGAAAUCAAAGCAAACUUUCCCAUUUCCUACCACGUUUGAGAGUGAGAAGCGGCAUGCAAGUGAAGAAAGCUUUAUAUCUGAAGAGAGAUUUCUACCUAGGAUGCCUUCUCCAGUUAAUGUCGAAGAGGAAGUGAAGGAACCACCAGGGCCCGAAAUGGUAGUCUUCGAAUUUGCACACCGCCUCUCCCAGGAAAUCUUGAGUGAUGCCUUGCAGCAGUGGGCAGGCAAUAACAUCAAGUACUAUGACAUCCCAUACAUUGAGAGCGAGGGGCCUUGAUGCCAUAGGAUGAUGAUGGUAACUUUCUUGAAUUGUGGAUAAAGUUGGUGCUAGUUUAAACACAUGAAAUAAUAGCAAAAACUGGUGUGAAUAAAUACAAAUAACUCCAUCUGGAUGUAAAAAAAAGUGUCUAUGAUAAGAGUAUAGGAAUAUCUAAAAUGAAAUAUGUUAAGCACUUUUAUGUUGAUAGCAAUUUCUAUCUGCUUGGUCUUGGAUUUGAGUCAUUUAAAGGGCUAAACAUAGGUCCUGCACCACAGUAAUCAGCUGUAUGUCACACCACUUUCUUCCUGAGGCACUAAUAGUAUCACCAAAGAAAUCAAAUAGUUAUUUUAAAAGGAGUGUCUUUAAAAUAACCAUUUGUUAAUUUACACACACAAGUUAUGAAAAGGAUUUUUCAGAUGCCUUGGCAAGGAAAUGGCGCUUAAGCCCCAGUAAUUAAUAGUGGGUCGUUUGUCAAAACCAUUUGUGUCAAGGAUCCCUACUUAACACAAAUGAUCAAGCAGCAGAAAGCAUCCCUUGUACAAGUAGUCCAUCUUGAAACCUGUUCUUAACGACCACUUUGAACCUCAGGGCCCUAACUAACCACAGCUGUUAUUGGAUGACUCAAGACUUUGCACAUAAGGCAUCUGAACAGGAUACAAUUUACCGAAGUCAUGACAUUAAUGUUUAUGGCACUGAAUUAAGCAGCCCAGUGAUAAAACAAGAAUUUUUACAAACAGCAAUCCAGUAAAUUUUAAAUAACAGAAGCCCUAGUCAAGGUAGAAAGCAGAACCUGUUUGCAGUGCUGCAUGUAUAUGAAAUUUUACUGUCUCAGAUGUAGAGGGUUGGUAUAAUGGGCACUCAUUUCCAUUUUUAUUAUUGACUAGUGGGGCAGUCCCUCUUCAGAUUACUGUGGGACCAGUCUAUGCAUGAGGCUAUCCAGUUGCAUUACAAAACAGAAGAUCAAACACUCCUCCAAAGAGAGUACUCGUGUAUUUUUUUUUUUUUUAUGGUAACAAUGCACAUAAGGCAUUUACAGCCGUAUUUUCUUAAAUUUGGCUACCUUUUUGGGGAAGUUUUUUUUCUCCCCCCAAGAAUUAAGUACUGUUUAAAAUCAAUGGUAACAGAGAAUUUGGGAGUGGAAGAAGAUACUGAGAAAACAUAACCUGUAGAAAAAUUGGGACUCAGUCUCUAGAAUGGUCUUUUCGUCCAGAUUUGCUACACACUUAGUUGGAAAGGGAAUUAUUUAAGUCUGUGUGCAUUAAAUUCUAUUAAGAUUCAACAGACCCUUGUCACUGACAAUUAAAGGAAGGCAGAAAGA